AUGGUCAAAUCUCUUCUCACUGCCAUUACCACGACUGUCGCCAUGGACGGCAGCAUCAACGACGAGAUACAGGGCAUCGAAGAAGAUAUCCGGCAGAUUGCCGUAGAUAAUCCGCACUUAGCGAAAUGGUUCAUGGCCACUCCAGAGCUCAUGCAGAAGAAGCGAAAACAAAAGGAGAAGAAGGACAAGAAGAAAGUUUCCAAAGCAGCCUUGAAGACGACGAACAGCACCCCCCUACCCUCCUCCAGUCAUGUGGAGGAACCUGCCGACGACUUGUCGACUCACUCAAGCGAUGACGAUGAUGACAAACAGUCAACCGAAAAAGAGAACGAGCGCCCUGCCAAGAAGACAAAGACUCUCACCAAUAUCACCGCAUACAUCGAAAUCAAUCGCCCACCGCGCACUCUCAAGGACAAGCCGGAGCCAUUAUCGCGAGGACCUUUUUUCUUCACUCUCAGCACCCCACGCAUUGAAUUCCUACAGUCCCUCGCAUCUUGUUCUGUCGAAGGCUCGUACGCACCAACAAUUGCAUCAAUCAACCAGGAACAACUCUUUUGGAAGCAGCAGGUACCGGCAAACGACAAGAAGAAGCCGCUCACAAACGAGGUGGGCUACAAAGCCAUGAUAGCGAAGCUUGAGGAGUUGACGAAGAAAGGGAAGGACACAACAAUUACCUUGUCACUUCCCCCUCUUUCGAAGGUUGCGGCAAUGCCGAGCGAUACUACAGCUGGGACUCGAGGUGUCGAUCUGGAAAGGGAAGAAUUCAGGGAAGGGCCACUGGGCUCAACGAUCCGAGAGCAGCAGCAGGUAGUUUGUGAGGGAACCAGCGCGUUCCUUGAAAAACUUCGCUUGAAGUACCCCAUUGGGUCCGAUCCACGUUUCCCAGAUAAACGUGUUUAUUCUUCGGGAUCUGAUGUCUGGGAGUUGAACGGCCUCAGACUGCAAGUUUGGGCCAGUCACUUGGACAAGGGAACUGCAUCGUUGACCGAACCACCCAACAGCACCCACUUUGCACAGUCGCAAAGGCUCCGAAUCACCACUGCGGCCACUAUUGCAUCUAAUUCCGUUGACGCAGCAGUACCUCCCACCCCUGUCCCUCAACCGGCUCUCAACCAACAAUUUCAACCUUACGGCAGCUAUCCACAUCCGCACUAUUUUCCGCCACCAUAUCCUUACCCCAUGCUUCCCCUUUAUAAUCCCCAUCCUGCCAACAACGUAUAUCCCAACCAAUACCCUGAUGCUCCACACCCGGCCCCCGCUCCUUUCCUGAACGUGCCCUUGAACCCCACACAUGCCCCAAAUUUGAACCAUGCAUACGCCCAAGGUGUUAGGCCCCGAACUCCAGGCAUUCUACGUGACGCCGCUCCUGGAUCUGCCCCUGGCUCGCCACUGAAAGUGAUCCUUCCACACCCGAUCUCUCUGGAGGAAUUCUGCAUUCACUAUGCAGUCGACAAUGAGGAUCAGGCUUGA